AUAUAUUUUUGAGACGGCUUCAAUUUCAUGGACGCAGGCACGCACCUACACACAUGUCUCGUGGUGUGCGGUGCUGAGACCAAUUGUGUAUUAAGAGGAAGAGUUUACUUCUUCGAUUAACUUACGUACGCAGGAAGCACUCACCCGUUCUGACUCAAUCUGCUUGAUAGCUGAUUAUCAGAGACCCGCCUCGUCAUGAAUACUGCAGAGACUUUGGUGAAUGUGAUUAAGGACUGUACCGUUGCAGAGACCAGCGAUACUGCCUUAUCGCUACUGGAUUUUCGACUUCAUAAAGACAUUGAAGGCUUGUGGGUCCAAUGCGAUCGCUGCGAUUCGUGGCGUCAUGUGCUCUCAGCUAAAGAUCCCGUGGUGUACGCUGAGAGGGAUUUUUACUGCUCCGAAGUAAAGAAACACUGCGGUAGCGCAAGUGAUCCAGGUGUGGAUGGUCUGUUCUAUCACCCGGAGUUCUUCCCCGGAAAUAUUGUUUGGGCACAAAAAGAAAAAGACUCGAUUGGCGUGGGGUUCGUCUGGUGGCCAGCUCUUAUAGAAGAUGGCCAUGACCGACGUUCGCAGUUCUUCUUACUUGACGUCAAUCGAAGUUCCGAAAGUAGGCCGAUCGCUUACCACGUCACGUUUUUAGAUACGUUUCGAACCGGCGGCUGGGUAAGUGCCAACAAAAUUAUCCGAUUCAAAGACGAUCCUUCGGAAUUGCUCCGAUACCAGCAGCAAAAGUGCGUGAGAAAAGUUCCCAAAAGGGCCCGUCUAAUGACGGAAGCGAUCGAGCGUGCUCGAAACGCACUUCGAACGGGCGAUAUCAGAGAUCGAUUAGAGCUUUUCUCCUUCGUUGCGUACGUUGCUCGUCAACGUGGUUUAUUGGAAAUGUCAGACAGUGCCGAUUACAUCGCGAAUGGAGCUUCCAAUGGAGCACCUAUUGAGUUAUCAUUGAGUUCUUCAGAACAAACGGUCCAAACAAAGUCUCAGCUGCCAGCUAAAAAGCGACCGCGUCUAGCGACUUUCAAGGAAAUAGAAAAACCUAAGCAGAUAAGAAAGAACGUAUCCACCGUCAGCCAAACUAAAAGGAAGGCAUUCCGUAACUCCAAGGAGCUUGUACGACAACAACAGCCCAGUUUUGUACAUCACUUAACAGAAGGAGUAACAAAGCACCUUAAUACUCUCGAUCAGAGAAUGGGGAAACCUCAGGUUGUACAAUCUGCCCACGAGGGUGCCAAAAAAAUUGCCGCGACAGAACUGAGAUGUCAAUGCGUACCUCCCGAUGAGAAAAUACCACCCAAGGUUGAUAAACUGACCCUAAAGGUUCAAAAUUUACACAAAAAGGCGAUUGUCUUUGAAAGCGGCAGUGUAAGAGAGAUUCCUACCCAUGUGGGUACCAAGAAAGCUCCUGCGAUAGCACUGAAACCUAUGAAAUCUCAAUAUGCACCCCUCGAUCGGGAUAUACUAUCUGAAGUUGAUGAAGAGACAUCAAUAAUUCAGAAGCUAGCCAAAGAGGUGAUCGACUCUAAUACUUACAACGAAGAAGAAGCUCGUGCACAUGCGGCUCUGAAGAAAACUGCUACAGUGGCCCAGAAAUCCAUGAAAUCUCAAAAUAUGCCGCCCAGCCAAAAGGCAUUAUCUGAAGUUGAUAACGAGACCCAAAAGGUCCAAAAGCGACUGAAAAAGUCGCUCCCUUCCGAAUCUUGCAGUGUAAAAGAGGCUCCUCCAACUGCGGAAAAUUUUCCAGAAAUAAAAAGAACUGAUACUCCACAAACACAAGAAGGUGAGCUAAAAGGAGUGAUAAAACGGCCUGCUAAUCCGAUGCCCCGAAACAAGAAAUCGCUAUUUGUAGCUCCCACCAAACAAACUUUUCAUAGAAUUAUUCGAGAUUCCGAGAAGUCACCCAAGAAGGCAAUCCAAGAUGAACCCAUACAACCGGUACUCGCCGAAAAUCGGGCCCCAAAAAUGCCGUUUCGAGUUGAGACAGACCCGCCAGUUAGACAGCCGAUGCCUCCUCAACAGCCACAAAAAGUAGUCCGACGCACGUCACAAGGUGGUCGACGAAGCCCAUCCCCAUAUACCGUUGACUGGUUGGAAGCAACAUUUGAAUCAAAAUGUGCUCAACUGAUGACGGACUCCGACUGCGACUCCGUUGAUUCUCUCGGACGGAGCGACGAAUACAGCCCUCCUAAAGCUGCACAGAAGUCUGCUGUAGCUGCUCCGAAACAGAUUCAAGCGAAUAUAGAUCAAGUCAAUGCAAGCCAUAAGAAGCCGAAAACAUUAACGGCCCACGCCCCGAUACGUCCAAAACCAACAUUUUCGGUUCCUGCCCGAAGGCCAUUUAAGCCGUCAUUUCAGGAAGGGAAGCCAGGAUUGUCACGGACGUUCACCGGAGUCUCAAAACUAAUAAAAAGUCCGUUACAACGACUACUCGUAGGCCAGCUGACUGAUAAUCAUGGAAUUAAUUAUAGUUCCGCUAGAGUUUACCUUUUCAGAAUUAUGUAGCUUUAGGAUCCCGACCUGGAACUCAACUACCAUGUAACAUUCGAUGAACGUGUACAAAUAUUUUCUUUGUUGUUUCUUCACAACUUGAAAAUGAAUUGGUUGAUUAUUAGACUUCACUCUUGAUUAAACGCUUCGUCCUGAUCGGCUACGAGGAAGAUACGAAGGAAAUUAUAUAUUUGUUCCAGCUAAAAUCACUCAAAUUAAAAUUACCUUUAAUUUAAAAAACUCAGCCUCUGCUUGUUGCUUCUUUGUCUCGGCUUGUCAUUAUCAAAGAAGAAUAACUCAGUCGUGUGCUCGCAACUUUGAUGUGGAGCUAUUGUACGACUAAUACACAUGUAACUGGCGAGACGCUAUUGUCAAAAUAACAGCACAAUUUAAAUCCUAAUUAACAAAACUUAA